AGUGGGUGUUUGGCAUUCUGAGAAUGACGAGAACAACGUGAUUUUUUUCCUGUACAUGUUUCUGUUGGAGUUAAUGAAAUCUGUUUUCGAGUGCAUUGUGGAUAGGCUGAAUGUUGAGUUUGGCGUCGUAAGAAGGGACAUUUGAUUUAUCAUAGUGUUUUACAUUGAAAUGUAAUCGUUAUCUAUCAUAGCAGCAUAGGACAUUGUAUACAGAAGCUCUGAACAACCAGAAACUCCGGGUUGCUACGCAAAACAAAGGUAUGUCGCGCUGUACGCAGUGUCAGAACUGAAAAUAUUCCCUUAGCUGUUCAAAGUAUUUUUUUCCGGAGACAUCGGUUUUGGACAGCAUGCUUGCAUAAUAGGUUCAAAACUGAAAUUUGGUAGGCAUUAAUACACAAGCAAAGAAGAGAUUGGUGCAUAUAUCAUUAUUAUACUGUCUGGAUUAUGACCUGAGUUCUAACACCGUUUGGAUAUGCAAAACCAACUUUGAGAAUGAAGAAAAGGAAAUUGUGUUCCCGGUAGUGCACAUCGGUCUGUCAGUUCAGAAGGGAAUUUACACAUUACAUCAACUGUAUUCCAUUUUUUCGUCAAUUUCUAAAUGUUUUUUUUGUCAGAAAUUCACGUCACUUAUCCAAAAGACUGAGCUGGACAUAUUCUGACUGCUGCACUGAACAUAGUCUAUUUGAACAGAACUGGACAUAUUGUGAGCUGGAGCAAAUAAUAUAAACUUAAUCGGAAAACUAAAUUGGAACACUAUUUUACCUUAUUUGUAAAGUUAUCAGUUUCAUUAUUAUAUGGAUAAAUAAUACAACUAAUAGCAUUUUCAUUAAUAUUUGGAUUUCAACACUGGUGGAAGGAUUGCUUCCAUUGCGCGCUGGAAGCAGCUGAAUUUUGCCCACUGAGGCGGCUGUCGAAUUUGAUUGUCGAACUCUCCCCCCAAGCUGACAUGGAGGAGUGGAGGCAAUGCGGGCGGUGGUUGAUAGACUGCAAGGUUUUACCCCCAAACCACCGGGUCGUGUGGCCUUCUGCAGCGGUGUUCGACUUGGCACAGGCGCUACGAGACGGAGUGCUCUUGUGCCAGAUGUUGCACAACUUGUCACCGGGGUCUGUGGACCUAAAGGAGAUCAACUUCAGACCCCAGAUGUCCCAGUUUCUCUGUCUGAAGAACAUCCGGACGUUCCUCAAGGUGUGCCACGACAAGUUUGGCCUGCGCAACAGUGAGCUGUUUGACCCAUUUGACCUGUUUGAUGUCAGGGACUUCGGCAAGGUGAUCUCAGCCCUGUCCAGGAUCUCCCACCACAGCAUCGUACAGAUCAAAGGGAUGAGGCCUUUUCCUUCGGAGGACACUGCUCUGAAUGAGGAUGACGUGUACCGGAGUCUUGAGGACCUGGCAGAUGAGCAUGACGUGGGGGAGGAUGACAUCUACGACUGUGUUCCCUGUGAGGACGAUGGAGAUGACAUCUACGAGGACAUCAUCAAGGUGGAAGUAAGACAACCCAUGAUCAGAUACAUGCAGAAAAUGGGCAUGACAGAAGACGACAAGAGAAAUUGCUGCUUAGUGGAGAUCCAGGAGACUGAGGCCAAGUACUACAAGACGCUGGAGGACAUUGAGAAGAAUUAUAUGAUUCCCCUGAAGCAAGUUCUAAGUCCACAAGACAUGGGGGCCAUCUUUGUAAAUCUAGAGGAUGUGAUUAAGGUCCACUUUGCUCUGCUGAGGGCCAUCGACCUCAACAUGGUGAGCGGAGGCAACGGUCUGGGGAAGAUCUUCAUAGACUUCAAGGAAAGGUUGCUGAUCUACGGCCAGUACUGCAGCCACAUGGAGACCGCUCAGAAGACACUGGACGAGCUCAUCGCCACGCGGGAGGACGUCAAGAUGAAAGUAGAGGAGUGCACUAUGAAGGUGCAGGAAGGGAAGUUCAAGCUCCAGGACCUGCUGGUAGUGCCCAUGCAGAGAGUACUAAAGUACCACCUCCUACUCAAGGAACUGGUGAGUCAUUCAACUGACCGACCUGAUAAACAGCAGCUGAAGGAGGCGUUGGAGGCCAUGCAGGACUUGGCUAUGUACAUCAAUGAAGUGAAGAGAGACAACGAGACCUUGAAGAAGAUUAGUGAAUUCCAGAACUCGAUCGAGAACCUUCAGCAGGUCAAACUGGAAGAGUAUGGCAGACCAAAGAUAGAUGGAGAGCUCAAGGUGUCCUCCAUAGUCAACCGAACAAAGCAGGACCGGUACAUAUUCCUGUUUGAUAAAGUGGUGAUUGUGUGCAAGCGGAAAGGCUACUGCUAUGAACUGAAAGAGAUCAUUGAGCUACAGUCAUACAAAAUGUCUGACGACCCCAUGAACAACAGGGACAUGAAGAAGUCGAGUGGAAAAAUGUGGUCCUAUGGCUUCUACCUGAUCCACCUGCAAGGGAAGCAGGGUUUCCAGUUCUUCUGUAAAACAGAGGACACCAAGAGGAAAUGGAUGGAGCAGUUUGAGAUGGCCAUGUCAAACAUCAAGCCGGAGAAAGCCAUGGCCAAUCUGCACAACUUCCAGAUGCACACGUUUGAGAAGAACACCAACUGCCGAGCUUGCAAGAUGCUGCUGAGGGGGAUCUUCUACCAGGGGUACUACUGUUCCCGCUGUGGGACUGGAGCACACAAAGAGUGUCUGGAGUGCAUCACAAUCUGUAAAAUCAAUCCACUCGACACGGACCCUGGACUACCGUCAUCAGGCCCUAAGAUGGUGGCAGUAAGGAACUAUCAUGGGACGCCUGUUCCUCCAGGGAAGACUCCACUAUCCUUUCAGACAGGGGACUUUAUCGAGCUGCUGAAGGGGGAACCUGACACCACCUGGUGGGAGGGAAAGCUUAUUCAAACCCAGAAGAGUGGAUUCUUUCCUAACAACUGUGUAAAGCCUUGUUUGGACCCAAAGCCUUUGUUCCAGUCCUUCCCCAGCCGGCAGCCCUCAAGGGAAACAGACUACUAUGGAUACCCCUGGUUUGCUGGCAACAUGGAGCGGACACAGGCUGACAACCUGUUGAAGUCCCACAGCAGUGGAACAUACCUGAUCAGAGAGAGGACUGCUGAGGCAGAAAGGUUCGCCAUCAGCAUCAAGUUCAAUGAUGAAGUGAAGCACAUUAAAGUCAUUGAGAAAGACAGCUGGAUCCACAUCACUGAGGCUAAGAAGUUUGAGAGUCUACUGGAGUUGGUGGAGUACUAUCAGUCUCAUUCGCUGAAGGAGAGUUUCAAGCUGCUAGACACGACGUUGCGAUAUCCCUACAAAUCUAGAGAACGAGGGCCGGCGUCACGGGCCAGCACCCGUUCUCCAGGUGAGCCCAUCCCUGCAGCCAUUGGCGCUUCCUACAACUUCUCCUUCCUCAGUCCUCAGGGUCUCAACUUCUCCUCUCAGAGCUCAGCCCCCUUCUGGUCAGUGUUCACGCCGAGGGUGGUCAGCACAGCGGUGGCCAGGUACAACUUUGCAGCACGGGACAUGAGGGAGCUGUCACUCAGAGAAGGGGACAUCGUCAAGAUCUACAGCAAGAUUGGAGGAGACCAGGGCUGGUGGAAGGGAGAGGCCAACGGCAGGAUUGGCUGGUUUCCCUCAACAUACGUUGACGAAGAAGGAGUUCAGUGAGGCUCUGAUGUCACCACGGCCCCAGUCCAAUCACAUCACACCUCGCUCCACAGUCCUCAGAGAGGACUAGUUGGUUUCCAGGGAAACACCAUGUGGAAUACUUUUAGCUGGAUACUGAUUUUGCAGUGAACAACGUUUCUACUCCGGUUUUCUUCCUACUUGUAUGCAUCGGCUUUGCUUAUGUUGUUUUUUUGUAAGACUUGGCCUGUUUGAUCUCUGUGAGGAAGUCUGUCUGCCUCUGGUUGUUUUGAGGAGGCUGACAUGGACUGAGAAACAUUACAGAGCGGGCCAACAUACAGUACAUACAGAUACUGGGAACCUAUAGUUUUAUUACAUAGAUAGACUCCUCCUUUGUUGCAGGUCUAUGGGAGGGGCUAAUAUAAUGUAUAGAUAAUUUAUUUAACAGAGAUCCUAACGAUUAUUGUGCGUUGUUUAGAUUAGCAACACAGCAGACAAAAAGAAAAAGAACAAGACACAGGUUUUUGUCUUUUUGAUGGAAGAUUUUGCCUUAGUUGUCAUGGCGAUGCCUUGAAGGCUUACAGGAGAGAUGGAAGGAGAAAUGGCAGGAUUAGUUGGUCUUGCACACACAGACACGCUCACACUUGCCCUGACCACUAUAACAGUAUGAUGCCUUUGAAGUGUGGUCAAUGCUCACAGGAUUCGCUAGUCAUGGUCCAUGGACCAUCGGCAGUUUACAGUCGAGCUCUACCCAUCCAUCCUCUACUGCAGAGUGGACUAUGGCUGGAGAAGAAGAGGGAAGGGGGGCGAUGGAACAUUUGGGACUGCUCCAGUCCUGAAUCCUCCUGUAGCUCAGUUGGUAAAGCAUGGCGCUUGCAACGCCAGGGUUGUGGGUUCGAUUCCCACGGGGGGCCAG